AGGAAGAGCAGCAAUUCGACUUGACGCACUUCACCGAGUCUUCAAGGAGCUAACUUGCACUCAGAUUAGCGAGCAGUCUUUUUAUCAAGUGAUCUGGAUACUGAGCCGCAUUGAGUCUUGAAGCAUGGAAGGAAGAUUCUUUGUUCUGUCCUUACUUUUUGGCGCAGUCUCCGUCAUGGCAGAUGGCAGCUGUCAGAAUCCCAAAGAACGCUGGGAAUGCGGAUGGCUGGGAAUAGAUCAGCAGACAUGUGAGGCACGAGGAUGCUGCUGGGAUCCCAGUGAUCCGAACAAGCCGUGGUGCUAUGUUAAACCUGGCACAUAUCUCCCGGAUGGACUUUGCCCCGUUGCUCCUUCUGAACGACAGGAAUGUGGUUACUUCGGUAUUGAUAAGGAGGAAUGUCUGGGAAGGUCCUGUUGCUGGGAUCCAAUUGUGCCUAACACCAAUUGGUGCUUUACACAACCAUGUGAGUUUAUUGUUAGGAAAAAUUCUCAAUAG